AUGAGAACAGAAAUAUCAAAUGCUACCACACUCAUGGAAUUUGUUCUAUUGGGAUUUUCUGACGUUCCUAACCUUCGGUGGAUUCUUUUCGGAAUAUUUUUACUCAUGUAUUUGACUAUUCUGAUGUGCAAUAGCAUUAUAAUACUAAUAACAAAAGUAAACUCUACUCUUCAGGUCCCUAUGUAUUUUUUCCUUAGAAAUUUUUCCUUUUUGGAAAUUUGUUAUGUAACAGUCACUAUCCCAAGAAUGCUCAUGGAUCUUUGCACCCAAAAAGGAAAUAUUUCCAUCCUUGCCUGUGCUACACAAAUGUGCUUUGUUCUCAUGCUGGGGGGCACCGAGUGCCUCCUCCUGACUGCAAUGGCCUAUGACCGUUACGUGGCCAUCUGCCACCCUCUACGCUAUGCCCUCAUCAUGAAUCACAAGUUGUGUGUGCAGCUGGUGGCCGCCUCUUGGAGCUGUGGGAUUCCAGUUGUGAUUGGGCAAACAUGCCAGAUUUUCUCUUUGCCCUUUUGUGGGUCUAACAGAAUCCAUCAUUUCUUCUGUGACAUCCCCCCAGUACUGAAGCUCGCUUGUGGGGACACAUUGGAGAAUGAGAUCGCAGUCUAUGUGGUUGCAGUAGUGUUUGUCACAGUUCCCUUUCUGUUGAUCAUUGUCUCCUAUGGCAGAAUUAUCACCAACAUUCUGAAAAUGCCCUUGGUCAGAGGCAGGGCUAAAGCCUUCUCUACCUGCUCUUCUCACCUGACAGUUGUGGUCUUAUUCUAUGGUACAGCUAGUAUCACUUACUUACAACCCAAACCAAGCCAAUCUGAAGGCAUAGUGAAACUCACCUCUCUUUUCUACACUAUUUUGAUCCCAACUCUGAAUCCAAUUAUCUACACACUAAGGAACCAGGACAUCAUGUUUGCAGUGAAAAAGCUACUAACUAAAUUUGAAACAUGA